GUGUGUGUGUGUGUGUGUGUUAGGGAGAGACAGAGGAGAGUGGAGAAAGACAACGAGCUUGUGAGCUAUUUCAGUGCACAAGUUAAGGUGUGUGUGCAGGUCUGAAAGUGUGUGUGUGUGUACAUAUAUGUGUGUGCGUGCCGUGCGUGAGAGAGUGGUUUAAAGGAGGGGGCGUGUUUAUGGGAAAUAAAGAUUCUUUGUGUGUGUGUGUGUGUGUGUGUGUGUGUGUGUGUGUGUGUUUACACAGACGGGAAUACUGCGCCAAAGGAAGUGCGCCGGUUCUCCGUCUGCGCGUCCUGACUUCCUGCUCUGAGGCAGGAGAGAGAAAAGCUGCGGAUCCGCUUUCAGACGGCAGCAGCAUGGAGCCCCAACACAGCACGCACACACCGCUUUAAGACACAAACCCGCACAUCACGCAGGGCAGACGGACAGAGGAGCAGCGGCCGUCCACAGCAGGAUUGCUUGGGUCUCUGCUGUCAUCCCGUCAUGGAGAGCUCCAUCACACUCUGGCAGUUCCUGCUGCAGCUGCUGCUCGACCAAAGCCACAAACAUCUCAUCUGCUGGACGUCCAACGACGGCGAGUUCAAGCUGCUUAAGUCCGAGGAAGUGGCCAAGCUCUGGGGGCUGCGCAAGAAUAAGACCAACAUGAACUAUGACAAGCUGAGCAGAGCUCUGCGCUACUACUAUGACAAAAACAUCAUCAAGAAGGUGAUCGGCCAGAAGUUCGUCUACAAGUUUGUGUCAUUCCCUGAGAUUCUGAAGAUGGACCCUGCGGUUGUGGAGUCGGGGCGCAGCAGUGAGGAAAGUGGUGGUGCCAUGUCGGAGCCUGAAGCUGACGAUGAGGAUGGUGGGAGAAACCAGUACCUUCACUCCGGCCUGUACUCCUCGUUCACCGUCAGCUCCCUGCAACACUCCUUAGAACUGCACCAGCCAGUUAAGAUGGAGCCCAGAUCUGAUCGCCAUGACGACAGCUCCUCUGUCAUCCGAUUCAUAACCAACCGUGGCCACUCCUCCCUACCAUCUACGCCACCUCCAUCCUCCAAUGAGACCUCCCUUUCCUCCAGGCUGUCUCCUCAGCAGGCCCGCUCCUCCUCCUGCUCGUCCUCCCCGCCACAAAGCCCCGCCCACACAUGGUGGAGGGGGCGGGGCCAGAGCACAGAGACUGGUGAAUUAGAGCAGAACGCUCAACCUCUAAACCUGUCAUCUGGUCAGAGGGAGAGAGUGAGGUCACAGAGCACAACAACGCCAGAGAGAAGGGGAUUUGCCAACAGCGCACCUUUGAAAAGCAGAAAACCCAAAGCUUUGGAAAUCUCCGCCCCGUCCCUCCUCCUUACAGGAAGUGACCUUGUCUCCAUUGCUCUCAACAGCCCAGCGCUGCCUUCAGGGUCCCUGACCCCUGCCUUCCUCACCACACAGACUCCGUCUGGUCUGCUGCUCACUCCCAGUCCUCUACUAUCCAAUAUCCAUUUCUGGUCCAGCCUGAGUCCUGUGGGACCCCUCAGUCCUGCCCAACUGCAGAGCCAUGCCCCCCUCUUUCAGUUCCCCACACUGCUGAAUGGACCAAUCCCGGUGCCUCUACCCAACAUGGACACUCCUUCUCCUCUGCUGCUCUCCUCCAGCUCCAACAAGUCCUGAUACCAUCCCGAGCUCUCGGAGCAAACUGGGAGGCCAGGCCAAGCUAGGCCAGAUCUGCACAGAUAAAGGACCAAGCUGAUCAGCCUUAAAGUUUGAUGAUGAACCACACACACACAAGUCGGACUUCUUCUGAGUCCAAUUACACUUUUAAUCUGAAACCUGUUCCUUUGCAUUUAUUAUAUAAAGAAACAGGAGCUUCACUUUGAAGCUUUGCUCUCCAAGAAGAGUAUCUGCAUUAGACAUUUCUUUGUGUGUUCAUCUGCUCAUAUUCUUCACAUUUGUGUUUGGUGUUUUCCUCUUUAGGAUGUAAAAACCUCUGAAUUUCUUGAAGAAAUGGACUGGAUGUCACAUUUCUCAUCUCAGUUUGAAUCUCAUCUCAUUCCACUUGGUUUAAACUUCAGUGAUGCAGAUUGGUUGCAAUUUUAUGAAUGUUAUUGCUAUGUCCCUAUCUGCCCUGACUAAUAUCAGUAUCCACACUCAUGACUCAAACAACUGAGAUCUGGUGAAGUCCUUGUCAGGAAUUAUGAGAUGAUGAGAUCUUGCUGAGCCAGAAGGGUUAGCAAAUGUAAUCUAAAUGGACAGAUACGUCACUUAUUAGACUCAAGUACAGUAUUUUUAAGUAAUAAAUAACAGUUAAUUUUGCUACUGUGCAAUUAAAGAAAAUUUGCUUCGAGUUAGCUUGUGAUAUCUUACAUGACUGUACAUGUCGUAUGUAGCCACAGCUUGGAGAUGGUUAGCUUAUCUUAUAGCAUGAAGACUGGAAACAGCUUGCCUUGCUCUGUCCAAAGGUGACAAAAUCGAACUACUAGCGACUAAAAUACAUUAUAUGUAUGAAAACCCAUGUUUAAAAAUCAACAAUUUAUAGUUUGACAGAACAUUGGAAAGUUAACAGUAGUGACAUGUCAAGAAAUAGUUUAACCUCAAUGAAGCCACAGUGUGGCGUUUUUAAACUUUUACGCACAUUUUUUUGUACAUAAUAAACAAGCCCGACAAUAUAAUUUUUAUAAGUGAACUUUAGAGGUGCUCAGCAGAUUUUUUCUAACUUUGGACAGAACCACGUUUCAAGUCUUUAAAAAAGCUAACCAACUGCUGGCUGUAGCUACAUAUUUAACUUCUUUUUUUUCAAAUUUGA